AUGGUCGGACUAUGCCUGGCCGUGUUUCCCACAGGAAUGGACCAAACAAUCCUCGCGACCGCAACACCAACCAUCAGUGACGAUUUUCAUGCCUUGGACGGUGUUGGCUGGUGGACCGCCAUCUACCUAUUCACACUCAGCAUCUUCCUGCUCGUCUACGGAAAACCGUACAGUCUUUACUCUGUGAAAAUCGUGUAUCUGGCUGCCAUUGCUAUAUUCAAGAUUUAUUCCCUCAUGUACAGCCAGUCCCAACUCGGCUGGCCUAAUAGUCGGCCGCGCGCUUUCUGCUCUUGGUGCUGCUGGCAUUUUCACUGGUGGUAUUAUGGUUACUACAAAGGCGAUCCCAUUGUCGCGUCGGGCGAGCUACUUGGGCAUCAUGUCGGGGGUAUUUGGUAUCGCUGCGAUUGUUGGUCCCUUCAUUGGAGGAGCGAUCACCCAGCGGACAAUCUGGCGGUGGUGUUUCGGAAUCAAACUGUCCCUGGGAUUUGUGACAAUUGUGGUAUGCGGCUACAGUGUAUCAGAAAACUGUAG